AUGGAGGAGGCGGGCGGCGCAGGGGCGCCCCCCGGGGAUGCGACGGCGGUGGGCGGGGCGCUGGGCGGGAGCUCCAGCCGCCGGGCCUCGGCGCGGGCCCGGGCGGGGUCUCUCCUGGUGGGCUGGGACUGGCGGCUGGGCACGCGCGGCUCGCAGCAGCCUCAGGUGGGCCGGCGGGCCCUGGAUGGGGCUGGGGCCGGUGCUGCGCCCGGGGGCGGCGGCCGGGUGACCGCCCUCGCCCCGCGGACUCCCCGCUCACCCCCGCCCCGCGCCGACAGUAGCCCCAGCGAGCUGUCGGACCACCACACCAUUGGGAGCUACUCGGAGCUGUUCGCCGCCGCCGUGGGCAAUGUAGAAUGGCUGCGGUUCUGUCUGAGUGACCGAAAGGAAUUCUUGGCCGAUGACAAGGGCUUCACGGCCAUCCAUUUAGCGGCCCAGCGCGGCAGGCUACCAUGCAUACAGGUUCUGGUAGAGGAGUACAACUUUCCUGUCGAUCUACCCACCGAUGAUCACCGGACCCCACUGCACCUCGUUGUCAAUAAGGACAACAAGACCACGGCUGUCCCCUGCAUUGACUACCUGCUCCAGAAAGGGGCAGCCAUCAAUGCUGUGACAUGCAACAGCUCCACACCCUUGCACCUGGCGGCCUCUGAGGGCAUGCUGAAAUGCAUGAAGGUCCUGGUGCAGAAUGGUGCUGAUGUCCAUGCCCGAGAUGCCACAGGCUGCAAGCCCAUUGACUACUGCAAAAUAUGGAACCACCGUUCCUGUGCCCGGUUCUUGAAAGAUGCCAUGUGGAAACGGGAUAAGAAGGAUUUUGCCCGUGAGAUGAAGAAACUGAAGCACCUCAAGGAUGAGCUGAUGCCCAUGGAGCAAAACUACCUGAUACAAUACCAAAAAGAACAAAGCAUUCGGAGAGAGACUGAUUUCCAGAAGUGGCUCCAUUCCAAGAAACAAAGCCAACCCCUCGUCUCCAGCACUAUGCAAGAGGCUGGUGCCCAACCUUGUUUCUUUGACCUCUCCAAGACCUCAGGAACCAAGGGCUCCCGCCGCACUGUGGAGGCACGCCUGCAGAGUUUACUGCAGCCUAAGAUACUGCCUAAGCCCUUUAAGGUAGCCACCAUCUGUCAGAGGCCCAAGUUAUGGAAUGUUAGCAAUAACCCUGCUGCAUUUCCUACCACGGACAUCAGGUACCCACAGGGCAUCCGCCUGGGUGUGCAUCCAGACCGGCACAGGGAACAUGACUUCAGCAGCUACCUGGAGGUGACUCAGGAUGCCUAUGGACAUCUGAGUCUGCACACCGUGGAUGGCCACUGGGUGGCGCCCAUGCCCCAGCUGCCUUUCAAGGUGAUAGUCGGCUCGCUGUUCCCAAAGUCUCAGCCAUACAGGAUGAAUGUGCCCGAGGGCUUACAUGCCCUCAGCAUACUUAACCUGGCCCAGAAGCGACACGUAGUUAAAGACACCUGGAUUGACAGUGUGGCCAUGAACAUGCGUGAGACAUUUGACGAAGCCUUCCUGCAAGCACUGCAAGCUCAUCAAGUGCUCUUAGCCCUGCCCCCUCCUCCAUAG